AAAGGUAAAGAAAGCAAGGGUUUUCAGGCAUCACUGCAAAGAGCAACUGGGAAUCUCAUCCCUGUCUGACAAGCUGUGAGAAGUUCUUAUUUUCUCCCUCUCUUCUCAACUCUGAACCAGGCGAAAGGGAACAAGUCAAUCAGCCUUCGUGGUUAGAAGCCUAGCGACUUAGAACUCUGAACUAGGCAGAAGGAAAGGAUGAUGGAAAGCAAUAUCUCACAAAGACCCAAAUGACAUUUGAGAGAAUGAUCUCCUCAAGAAGCAAGAUCCAUACAGCACACCCGUGAGUCCCAGGACCUGGCAACCUGAUGAAAACAGGCCAGUGGAGCCGACACCAUAACUUGAUUUUUGCUGCUGUGAAUGAUCUCAUCUCCCCAUCCUUGCAUAGAAACCUGAGACCAUGAGGAGCAGCCUCACUAUGGUAGGCACCUUCUGGGCCUUCCUGUCCCUAGUUACUGCUGUGGCCAGUUCUACCAGUUACUUCCUUCCUUACUGGCUGUUUGGAUCACAGCUUGGAAAGCCAGUCUCUUUCAGCACAUUCAGGAGAUGCAACUACCCUGUGCGGGGAGAUGGGCACAAUCUGAUCAUGGUGGAAGAAUGUGGGCGCUAUGCCAGCUUUACCGCCAUACCAAGCCUGGCAUGGCAAAUGUGCACGGUGGUGACAGGUGCUGGCUGUGCUCUGCUUCUUCUGGUGGCAUUGGCUGCUGUCCUAGGAUGCUGCAUGGAAGAGCUCAUCUCUAGAAUGAUGGGGCGUUGCAUGGGAGCUGCACAGUUUGUAGGAGGGCUGCUGAUAAGUUCAGGCUGUGCAUUAUAUCCUUUAGGAUGGAACAGCCCGGAGGUAAUGCAAACAUGCGGGAAUGUCUCCAAUCAAUUUCAGUUAGGAACCUGUAGACUUGGCUGGGCCUAUUACUGUGCUGGGGGUGGAGCUGCUGCAGCCAUGUUGAUCUGCACCUGGCUCUCUUGCUUUGCUGGAAGAAACCCCAAGCCAGUUAUGUUGGUGGAGAACAUCAUGAGGAAUACCAAUUCUUAUGCCAUGGAGCUUGAUCACUGCCUCAAACCUUAAGCUUUGAAAGAUUUACUAAAGAGGGAAAAGAGACCUGAAAGGAUGUACUAAGUAAGCCAAGGCAGCCACCUACUAGUCAUAUACCCUAGUGCUUGCAUGCUCUUUACCCAUGUGUCACUCAUUUUCAUGUUCCCCCAAAACUCUAAGUCCAUGGCUAUUUAGACAACUUUUCAGCACAAUGAUUCAAACAUUCCCUGGAAAGAAGUUUCUUUUGGUCACCCAAGUCACUCUGAGUACCUUUAUGUAAAGCAAGAUCCUUACUUGAAAAAUUACCAAAUAACCAAGAAACUCCUCAGCAUUCUAUAACAUGUACUUCCCACUUACUUUAAAGCAUAGAUUCUAUUCAGGAGCAGUAGUACUCAAGAGGCAUUGGAAGACAGACUAAGCUAUUUUAAACAAAUUAAUUUGCAUGGCUCUCCCCCUAAUAUUUAUUGCUCCUCACAAGCACAUCUCAAGAAUUACUAUUCCGAACAUUUGUGAACUUCUCAGGCCUAUACUUUGUUUCAUUUUUUUUCUUUUCUUUUCUUAUGCAGGAGAAAGCUUGGUAGAAAGGUAACUUUCAGUGGGGUAAACACUAAUCAUGUUCACGUGCAUCUAAUAUGGGGCAGCUUUCACAUUAUGCUAUAGAAUAUUCAUAGGAGUUAAUUUUCUACUCUUGCUGGGUGACUGGUAUCAAAAUAUAGUGGCAAGUGUUCAUUAAACUAUUCUAGCUAGAGGAAUGUUGUUCAUUGAGUCUAACAUUUUUCAGGUGUUCAAUAAAUAUGAACUCCCAGUGAUGACGGCAA